AUGUCGGCGCACGCUUCACCAUCCCCAUCACAGAAACCAACAGUGCAGAUCGAUGAAUCCAAACUCCCCAAUGGCCAGUGUCGGUAUAUCCUUCUGAACCCAGAAGUCAAAGGCCAUCGCUGUGCUUGCGUCGGCUUCACCCUCAACCGCAGCUCUCCAGGUGUUCUUUGCGACUGCGGCCACCAAUCGUGCUACCAUGUCAAGGAAGCUGAGCAACCCACAGACAAACAGGCCUGGGAGCAACUCAUCCGACGCGUCCAGCUACUCGAGGACCAACUGGACCAUGAGAAGCAAGGCGGCCUCGGCAACGCUUUGGCAGGCCUCGUGAGCCGUUUAGGAGACCUGGAGGAGCAGUACGAGAGGAGCAAAGAUGAAAUCAGCCAGGAAACCAGAGGCAUGUACCGACAGGUUUCUCACCUUUGGCAACAGAUGGAUCAGAUGGCGAGACAACAAGCCCAGGCUGAGAGUCGUUUCGUUGUUCACGACGAACGCCUCGACCACCAGGAAAACAGCAUACAGAGCCUAGGCGACCGUAUGAUGGAACAUGACGACAUGGCCAUCGAUCUGGAGGAUCGUCUGGAUCGGCUGCAAGACGAGGGGAUACUGUCUGUUCGGCGCAGGCGUAUGUCUUCGUCAUCCGAGUCGGACGUUUCAAAAAACUCGAAUCCAACUUUCGCCCGGGGUCGUACACGUCACGGACCUCCGAAUGAUUCUGGCGCCACAAGCUCAGUGUCACGUCCUCUUGCGGAAAGGGGGAGUAAGUCCUCCCCAACUGGUAGCAAUGUCUGCAGCCAGGUAACAGGGCCGUGGACAGUUCACGUCUCCCUCCUGCCGACAAAGUCGCAACCAUUUCCAUUCGAAAAGGACACCAACGCAUACAAGCGAUGCUUGUCUCGAGGGCUUCACCAGAUGAUUGCCGUACGGGGGACUGAGAGCGAAUCGUUUGUUCGAGCCGUGUCAAAGACCUUUGGAAGUUUGUUGCAAGAGAGGUCAUGGGUGCCCCUGCAGGCCCGGCUUUGUGACGCCGAGACAUUGCUCGGCCUCCCCAUGCUGCGGCCUUUGGAUCCGAGUCUCGUGGGGGAGGGCAACUACGAUAUGGACUUUCUCCGCGCGCACUGUGCCGUUGUCGGUCCCAAUGGCAAAAUCGACUCGCUCUAUAUCGCCAUGGAGUUGGAGACGUUUUCUUGGCAGUUCUUACGAAAGUCGCCCUGCUACGUCGAGGAUCUUGAGGAUGCCUGGGGUUACGACUCCUUGCUGGAUGAGGAGGAUCGCCCGUCGGCCGGCGACAUUGUGCGCCCGCUUCCAGGCAAGCUCAAGAGAGCUGCCUCGGAGCUGUCACGAACACCCAGCUUUAGUUCAGGGGAAACAGAAGGCUCACGGCCCAAGAUCGCACGAACCACUUGCAUUCCUGUGCCGGUAGAGCUUCGUAGACAAGUGGAGACGGCCUAA